AGCAACAUGGCAGAUGAUAAAAAUGAGGAAGCAAAAGAUGAUAAAUCAGAGGAAAAUAAAGAGCUUCCGAAAAUGACAGCUGCAGAGGAACGUUCAGAUUAUUUUAAAAGGUUGGAAAAAUGGUUACACGAAGCAUAUGCUUGGCAAAGCAUGGCUGCAAUGUUUCCAUACUAUGUGAUGUCUGGUCAAAUACUAAAUCAAUCAUCUGGUGUACCACCAUUUUCACCUGCAACAGCAAAUGCAGCCAAUGCUCAGUCAUUAAUAUUUGGCACAAAUGAUCAACAGAAUGAUCCACUAAGGCAAAGAAGGGCCCAAGAUCCCAUGGGACCGCUAUUUCAACCUCCUGGAGCUGAAGGCUUCGAGUAUCGCAUUCCACCAAUAUGGAAAAGAUUUGCUGCUGAGGUUAUAGAUUUGACCAUGUUAUUUCUCUUGAAGUUUUCUAUUGCUUUCAUUGCCAUUAAUGUUUUUGAUUUCAUAGACAUAGAUGAUUUACAGAUGAACUUGAGAAUUGACUAUAAUAUGGCUCUAGAAAUGACGCAUGGAAUGUUAGUGUUGGAAACGAUUCACUUUGUGAUAGUUUGCACUUUUGAGGCAUUUUGGCUUCGAUACGGUGUAAAUGGUCGUAUCGGUGGUGCAACACCUGGAAAAUCUAUGAUGGGAUUAAGGGUUGUUCAGUGCCGCAGUAUUACAGCCGUCGAACGACCUGACGAUCCUAACGUUGUGCUCAUUUCACCGGGAAAAGAUUUAGGUCUACCACUCGCGCUUGGAAGAUCAGUGGUUAAAAAUUAUAUCUUGGCUUUUGUAUUUCCCAUAUGCUUUGCCAUGAUGUUUUUCAGAUUUAACAGAGCUAUUUACGAUCUACUUUGUAACUCGAUUGUGGUUGAGGAUCCUUACAGAAACUUGAAUAAUAAUAGACUACCACAACAGUAAACACAUGCUCCAAACAGAUAUCCAAGGAACAAAGUAUAUCUAACUUGCAUGAGCCGCGUGCGUGCCGGGGGAAUGUAAUAUGUACAUACGUGUAUACAUUAAACAUAACGAUGCUACGAAGUAUUUUUUUAAAGUACAGGGCGAUUUCUAUGUGUACCAAUGUAAAGUAAAAAGGCUACGUAAUAUCUUCACGAUAAGCAUGUACAAGCUAUUUAAGAAAAAACACUUAAUUAAACGAAAAUC